AGAGUUUACGGAUUUCAGACAGCGAAGAGGGCGAAAUGGAGAUAUGAGGUCUGAAAAGGAGCAGAGGACAGGAAGCAGGGAGAGAGGCAGCGUGGAGAUCCAGUUCAGGGAGUGUCAGAGGGAGCAGGACAACGUCGCGGUGAACCCGAAGCACAAGGAGGAGAAAAAGGAGAUCUUCACCAAGGUUGUCAUACGCCGACUGCCACCCAGUCUAUCAAAAGACCAGCUCGAGGAGCAUCUGAGUCCGCUUCCAUCUUUUGACUAUUUCGAGUUCUUCCCUGCUGAUCAGAGCUUAUACCCACAUCUCUUCUCAAGAGCCUACAUCAACUUCAAAAACCCAGAGGAUAUCAUUAUUUUCAGAGAUCGCUUUGAUGGCUAUGUAUUCAUUGACAAUAAAGGCCAAGAGUUUCCAGCUGUUGUAGAAUUUGCUCCAUUUCAGAAGGUUUCCAAGAAAAAGUUAAAGAAGAAAGAUGCUAAAGCAGGAACUAUUGAAGAAGACCCAGAAUACAGGCGAUUUCUGGAAAAUUACUCCUGUGAUGAGGAGAAAUCAAUGGCAAAUCCAGAAACACUGCUGGGCGAGAUUGAAGCUAAAACCCGAGAACUCAUAGCCAAAAGGACAACACCUUUGCUGGAAUACAUCAAAAACAAGAAAUUAGAGAAACAGAGAAUAAGAGAGGAAAAAAGAGAGGAGAGGCGAAGGAGGGAACUGGAAAAGAAGCGACAGAGGGAGGAGGAGAAGCGGAAACGCAGAGAAGAGGAGAGACGAAAGCGAAAGGAGGCUGAAAAGCAAAAGAAGCUCUCUGAGAAGGAGAUAAAGAUCAAGCUUUUGAAGAAAUGUGAUGGAGACGAUGACGUGGACUCAGAUAGACUGAAAGAUAAAGGAGACAGCGGAGAGAAGGAGAAGAACAGAUGGGAAAAGCCAGCAGGACACACUAAGUCAAAGGAAUCCAAGGAUAAUAGGAGUCAAAUCGAGAGUGACAAGGAGCAGCGGGAAGGUCAUGGCCGUCGCCAAAGGGACAAAGAGCAUCGUGGCAGAGACGAGGAGCGCAAACGACAGAGGCAUCACUACGAGUUUGACAAAUUCAUGCGACGCAAGGAGGAGACCAAAUGGGGUAAAGGCUACUGCCAGGACAGAGCCAAGAAAGACCAACACCAUGGCUAUUCUUACUGCCCAGAGACUGGAGACAAACUGGGCAAGGAGGAUCGAGAGGACAUGGGCAGCAGGAAAGAACGGAUUCGCAAUAAGUCUGUGUUAGUGCAUCAGGAGAAAAGGACUUCCCAGUCUGAGGGGCCAGACCAGAUAGGAGGGGCUCUGCCAGCAAAGGACCGACCGGCAAUGCAGCUGUACCAACCUGGUGCUAGAAACCACAAGCGAAUGGGCUCUGGGAACAAGAUGUUUGACUUCCCACCGAUCUCUCCUGAACACGGAGGAGAACACUGCUACAAGAAGGUCAUUGGUACAGGCUCCGAGAAGAGUGCAGACGAGUGAAAAAAAAGACCAAGACAGGAAGAAGUCUACUUUCAGAAGCGAGGGUCAUGCCAGUAUAGUAAGAACAGUCAAGAUCAACCUUGUUUUCUGUCUUCUGAAUCUAUGUGUGAGUAUAGUGCAUUGAAAUCCCCUCUUAAUGUUUUAUACACAAAGUCAGCAGUGUCAUAAAUCUAAAGUAAUCAGUUUCUGUACACUUAUCAAGGA